GACCAUUACCCACACACACAUGGCCAGCUAAGCAGAGUAAGUGGCUCAGUUACUAUACCGGCUAGAGCCAGAGGAAAGUGCUAAUGGAGGUAUCUAUGGGAACAAUGUGUUGGUGUGAAGAGUUGUGUGUCACCUCUGACUGCACUCAUGGCUCUACCACCGCUGCCUCGUAGGUCCUGCCUCACCACUGACCCCGGGGCUGACCUCACUGUAGUCUCCAGGGAGAGCAGACAACGACCAAGAUCAUGUCCCGAGUCAUCCAGUAGGAAACGGCAGGUUGAUGUAUUGCAGUCUCUGCUGCACAAGUUGACUAAUGGCGGCGGUGGCUCUGUGCUGCUCAGACAAGCCUUCAGGGCCUCCAAUGCCAAGGGAGAGGAGCGCAUCUCACGUGAGGCCCUCUACCACGUCCUCUGUAACUAUCUCACCAGUCUAACCAGGAAGCAAUUCAACCAUCUCUUGAACCAACUUGGACUGAGCACUUUCAAGAGUAUCACUUUCAACAACUUCAUCUCCUGUGUCCCUGGCUCCACCGCCCACUCACGCCCUCACACAUCCCGCCCACGCACCACCUUCCUUUCACUAAGGGGAGAGGCCAACAUCAGUCAGGUCACAGGUCAAGUGCUGGAGAAAUGCAAACAACUAGACACCCACCACACAGGCAAGCUCAUCCCUGAUCAAUUGAGAGCUGUCCUGAGAUCAUUUGGUAUUCCUGUAACCCCCGCCCAACUCACUGAGCUGUGUCAGUCGCUAGGUUACAAGGAGGGCGGGCUGGUCGACUAUACCGUGGUACUAACACACUUCACGCUACGCAGCAAGUCAGGCAUCAUCCACUCGAAGCUCACAGACAAACAACAAAGGUUUCAUGUUGAUGAGCCUAAGAGAGCCUGCACCUCGAUGGGAGAUGCAGAGACUAGACUCAUCACUGUACUCAACUCACAGUUCCUCAAAAUACUCGCUGCUUUCAAGUCACAUGACAGAAGAGGGCGUGGCUACGUGCCGAGGGAUGUAUUCCUGUCAGUCUUGUACAGCCAUGCCGACGGUAGUGACAAUCCUGAUGACAUUGAGAGCAUUGCGGAGAAAUUGUCUGACAACAAUUGGGUACCCUAUCCAAAGUUCUUGGCGCUGUUUGAGCACGCCCCCUCAUCCAUCAGACCCCCCACUGUGAUUACCCCCCACAAAGAACCAGGACAGUUGAUGCAGUGUCUUCAUGACAUAGUGAGCAGUAAAGGUGCUGAAGUGACUCAAGUGUUCCAUAGCUUGGACCCUGGUAACACCGGGAGGCUAACACUAGCCAUGACCACUGAGCUGCUGGAGAGGUUUGGUGUGUGCUGCUCCCAGUGUGAGCUGGAGGUUGUGUGGAGAUCACUGCUCAGGAACAGAGACAACACUGUCCAGUUCCAGGAGUUCAUGAGGCACUUCACUGACAAACCAUCCUCAGCAGAACGGAGGCCCCACUUGACUGAUGAUCACCAUUUCAUGCUCUCUAAGAACCUGCACAGAGAUGAGGACAUGGUGGCAGAGUCUAUCCUCUCCACCCUCCGGCUACACCAGUCCCCAUUGCUCAAACAACUGACCCCUCAUGAUCCACUCAACACUGGCACACUACCAACACACACCUUCCUGGAGUGUGUGUCUAGCGUGUGCCCUGAUCUCUCCAGAGAUAAGCUUCAACUGCUACACGAGAGACUAGGAGAUACUGUUUCAUAUCAUCGCCUUCUCUCUAAACCACGACACAAUCCGUAUCGUCAUGGCAGCAACAUGAGCUCUGUGAUGGCACAUAAACCGCCCACUCCCAGCCUCACUGACACCCACGCACCAUCUGUGCUUUCAGCCCGCCCACCUUAUGGCUUAUCGGGGGUCAAAGUCCAUCUACAGAGACAGUUGGUCAAGAAUUGGCGUACAAGUCGUCGCCUGUUCCGAGACGUAGACCGUGGGCGUACUGGUCGUGUGGGGGUGGGGGAGCUGUGGGGGGUCCUGGCGCAGUGUGGGGUAGAGCUAACCACAGACGACCAGUUCCAUAUCCUCGAGCUACUGGAUCCACAACUCAAGGGAACCGUUGACUACAAUCAUCUGAUUGGUGCCGUCUUUGAGCAGCAGUGAAACUAUAGCAACCAUUAAUAUAGACUAGUGUACAAUCAUGUAGGAGGAACUUUCUUAAUUUAUGUUUUGUGUAAAUGAUUUAAUAAUAAUUAUUGCUACAUGCACAUGUCAAGUAUUUACUCAUGUACAGUAUUUUAUUUCAUUUUGCAAGACUAUUUUCACACAUUAAUU